AUGUGGCCCUCGUCUGAUCUCACAGCUCGUCCUUGUUUGGCCUCAGCUGCAUCAGAGCGCCACUUCUCCCCAGGUUCACCAGAGGAAACACCACUGCACAAAAUGCUUUUCCUCCCAGCUGCUGCUCUGUGCUGUCUGUGUUCAGCACUGGUUACCAUGGCAGCACAGCUGUUUCAGGAGGAUUCGGAACUGAUCAAGAGAGUUGGAGACGAUGUCUCCAUCGACUGUGAUGGGACUCACCAGUGUUAUGGAUCAGCAAAUGGGAACUAUGAAGAGGCUGCUAGGAAGGCCGCAACCACCAAGUACCUGCAGAGGGUCAGGCAAGUCCUGAGGAGUCAGAUGAAAGAUGGAAACCAGAAAAGAACGACACAGGCACCGAGAGUUCAUGCAAACACACAGCAGAGCCCCACCCGACCAGCAGCAGGACCCAGAGUCCACGUGGAUGUGAACAGCUCCCUGCUGUGUGUGCCCCCAGCCAUGUUUCCUCCUCUGGUCCAGCUGUCAUGUAAAAGACAGAAGAAGAACGGCAGAGAACCGGAGGAGCUGGAGCUCAGAGAGUCAGGACGCAACGCCUCCAUCUUACUGAUCCAUCAGAACAGCACAUAUAAAUGUAACUGCUAUGUGAAGCACAAGGGGGGCACAGUGGAGGCCCAAACACAACAAGAGGUUCCAGCUCCAGCAGCCUCCUGUCCUCCAGAGAGAGAGCCAGCAGACCUGCCAGCUCUGCAGCCAGCUGACUUGUCCUUCCAGUCUCAGUGCAGGGUGAAGCUGCUCUGCCUGCUGUACACAGUGCUGAUAGUGAAGAGUCUGGUGUACUGCUGUGGACUCUCUCUGCUGAUGAUCCUCACAAACAAGGGAGCGUCCACCAACUGCACACAUGCUGACUGACUGUUUUCUGCUCGCCUUUUCUCACCAUCAAAUCUCAUCAAUUCAUCUCAUUCAUCACUUUGAUCAGUAUCACAAAUGUUAGUUAUGAUGUGUUGUGCUUAUUUUGCCUUUUUAUUCAAUAGUUAGAAGAUCAUCUGAAAUAAAUACAUCUUUACAUGUAUUGUUACUCUGAGUUAGAAUUCUUUUUGUACUUAUUGUGACUUUUAUUGUAGUAACAAAAAUCAUCAGGUAUAUUUUUAUCACAAGUUUUCUGUUUGAUUUGUUUUUGGUUGAUUUUCAAAUGUCAAACAGUGUAGUUGUGUUUGUA